AGAUAGGACAAGGACAACCUCAGAUUGUGACGACGAACACAACGCGACUGUGCAUCCGAGCAGUCGAAAGUUGCCUAGUUCAGGUACAGUAUCUGUUACUUUCAAAGAAAACAAAGAUAUAAUCGUCAUCCUACAUCAUGUACAUGAACUCUCGACAGCGAGAGGACCACUAGAACUCCAGAACAUCGCAGACUUCGACACGACUAUCCCCCGGCAGUCAAAAAAACGACAAUGGCGGAAAACUACGGCAGCGUACAACCUCUACCCGGAAUUCAGCCUCCUGAGGUUGUGCAAAACAGUGGGACAGAUGAAUAUCAAAAUGAUGAACAUGAUGGCAGGUACAUACAACAGCUACAGCAGCGGGAAGAAUCUGAAAACCCAGAAGAAACCCAUGCAAGUCGUCCACUCUUGCAAGCAUCGUCGACGAGGUCAAGAACCAUAGCAAAACCUUCAACAAAAACGAAGCGAGGAAACCCCCCCACUGGUGGAACUGCUUCUACUUCGUUGUCCACUUUGAAACACGAACAGCACAGUAGACAAGAAAUAACAGCUCCUAAAAAGAACAGCAAGUUUUUCAACAAGAAAGACAUCAACAUCAAGAACGUCAAUCAUGAUCCCCAUUUUUCUUCUGCUUCCCUGUCAAACGCCGGAGAACAGGGUCCUCACCUUCUUGCUCCAAAGGAAUACCAAG